UUGCCAGUUAGUUUUUUUGAUCUCUCAGUUUGAUUUUAUCUGUUAUAAAUUUUAUUUGAUGGUUUGGAAAGCUCUAGCCAGAGUUGCAGCUGCCGGUGCUGGCGCUGUUUUUACUGCUUUGAGGAGAGCAAUUAGUGAAGAAUUAAAUGCCACCAGACAAGCUGCAGCAAGGCAGCCUUCUUCUGAAAGUCCAAAUGUGUUUAAUGCUAGGCAAAGGCGAAAUGGAAUAAUUGAGACUGACUUGAGAAUGGGAAUAUCAACACAGGAAGCAAUGCAGAUUCUUGGUAUAAAACCUCCCCCAAAUGAAGAGGAAGUUAAACGGAGGUAUGAGCAUCUUUUUUCUGCGAAUGAAAAAUCUAAGGGAGGAACGCUUUAUUUGCAAGCAAAGGUUGGAAAUUUUUUGAAAAAUAAUUUAAUUUUUUAGAUUUAUCGAGCAAAAGAAAGAUUGGAUGUUGAGUUGAUGAGAAUAGCAAAAGAAAAUGCUGAAAAAACUGGUCAAAAAUCGGAG